AUGAGCUUCAACCUCCCAGUCCGCUCAAGUCGCAGCCAGAGGAACCAGGAUAGCCGGGACCGGUACUUCACGAGCUACACCCCGCCAUCGUCGGCAGAGGCCAUCAAUGGCCCGGUGCGCGAGCUGGCCCCUAUCAACGACCGGCUUAUAGUCGGUGUUGAUUUUGGUACAACUUUUUCCGGUGUUGCAGCGGUAUAUACAUCUACACCAGAUGACAUUGAGAUCAUCAAGACAUGGCCUGGCGGCAACGGCAUCACGUCGGAUAAGGUCCCGACUGAGAUUUCGUAUGACACACCUCCAAACGCCCCGGCAGGGACAGGCCCGACCGUGAAAUGGGGGUUCCAGUUCAAACCUGAAGAGUCACGGCUACGAUGUAUCAAGCUCUUCCUCGACCGGUCGCAGAAACUCCCGUUCUACGUCAGCCCACAGGAGACUGCGACCCAGCUGAGGAAAUACGAGAAGAAUGUCGUCGACGCCGUCAGCGACUACCUCACCCAGAUCUACAAGCAUACCAUGGACACUCUGACGAGGAGAUAUGGCGAGUCGUUCAUGGCCUCGACCAAGGUGGACUUCGUGCUCACGUGUCCCGCUGUCUGGUCUGAUGCUGCUAAGAACACAACACUUCAGGCAGCCGAAAGGGCCGGCAUGGGUGCCAAGUCUGACAUCCAGAUGAUCAGCGAGCCCGAGGCUGCGGCUGUCUACACUCUCAAGGCGAUCCAGCCGAACCACCUCAACGUUGGAGACAACUUCAUCGUCUGUGACGCCGGUGGUGGCACCGUAGAUUUGAUUGCUUAUAAAAUUAUUUCACUGAAGCCUCUGCGCGUAGAAGAAUCUGCCGUUGGUACCGGAGGUCUAUGUGGUAGUGCCUUUCUCAAUUACAGGUUCGAGGAGCAUGUCCGGAGUCGCCUUGGCCACGGCCGUUUCGACGAAAUGAAGAUGAAGAAGGGUAAGACUUGGCAGAUGGGACUGCGAUACUUUGAGGAGUUCGUAAAAAGGAACUUCAAUGAGGAUGAGUACCAAGAAGUCAACGUGCCUUUCCCAGGGUUGCCGGAUGAUGAGGAAGCCGGCUUGGACUCCGGCUUCUUGGUCCUCACAGCGGCCCAAAUCAAGGAGAUCUUCGAACCCGUGGUCAAGGAGGUUUGCGACCUCGUCCAAGGCCAAGUCAACACGGUCCGCAGCAAAGGCGGCAUAGUAUCAGGGAUCGUUCUUGUUGGCGGUUUUGGGCAAAGUGACUACCUAUAUCGACGCAUGAAGGCACACUUCACGAGCGCAGCACCGCCACCAUACACCGAGCGUCCGACCCACGCCAGCGGUAGUACCGUGGCCGAGUACGGCUCGAUCGAGGUGAUGCAGCCGGUGUACGCCUGGACGGCCGUGGUGCGCGGCGCGGUGCUCCGCGGCCUCGAGGGAAACAUGGUCAUCUCGCGCAAGGCGCGCAUGCACUACGGCACAUCGUACGCUACCGUGUACGACGAGGAGAAGCACAGCGUCAGCGAACGCUACUGGUCUCCCCUAUGGGAGCGAUGGAUGGUGUCGGAUCGCAUGCAGUGGCACAUUGCUAAGGGUGAGGCCAUUUCGCCCUUGUCUCCGAUAGCGUUUCAUUAUACGCGGAAUUUCCGUCCCGGCCAGUCUCUCAUCGUGACGGACGACCUGAUAGCCUGCGAGGCAGACGAGCCUCCCGCGGCGUACGGACGCGAGCUCGUCCAUGUCUGCACCCUGACGACCGACCUCAGCGCCGUCCCCAGAAGCCUGUUCACCCGGCUCACGACGACGAGAGGCGUCGAGUUCGACAACCUGGACUUCACGCUCGAGAUGAUUGUCGACAGUGCCGGGCUUGGCUUCGAGCUGAAGGUGGACGGGGUGCGGUACGGGCGUGUGGAAGCCGAAUUCCACUGA